AUGUCUCCCAUACAUUUACUUCAGUUAGUAAUUUUUAGUGUAUGUAUUUAUUCGUUUUCUGUUUUUACUUAUUUGGUUUUCUACUAUGAUUUGAUCUUGUCAGUGUUUUUUAAUGAAAUGCAAUCAGAAUACGAUUUUAUUAUAGUUGGUUCCGGCACAGCUGGUUCCUUAAUCGCACAGAGGAUAGCACAGGAAACUAAUUACACAUUUAUAGUAUUAGAGGCGGGUAGCAGAGGUCAUCCCUUUCAUGAUAUCCCAGCGUUUGGACCCUUAUUGCACCAAUCUGUAUUUGACUGGAAUUAUGAAACACUACCCCAAGAAAAUGCAUGUUUCGCUAUGGAAAAAUCUAAAUGUAAAUUAACCCAAGGAAAGAUAUUUGGUGGAUCAUCAAAAUUGAACAACAUGGUACACGUCCGAGGAAACACUUCACACUAUGUUGAAUGGUUCUACGGUAAAUACACCAAGAAUUAUAUUGAAGAACAAUUUGAUUAUAUAAAUUCAAAUAUUUUUCACUUAAACAGCAUACAAUAUGAGAGUGAUCUUAGUGAAGCUGUUCUAAAUGCUUCUAAGGAAUUAAAUUUUAAUUUAUUAAAUAAGAAGUUUGAUAUUGGUUUUAACAAAUCUUUGCUAACUCAACAUAACGGGAAAAGGUGGACGACAUCUUACAAUUUAGAAACUUCUAAGCACGUCCUUACAAAUGUGUUAGUAGAAAAAUUACUUUUCAAGGGUUCUACUUGUAUAGGUGUUCAAAUACAUUCUGCAAAUAAAGUGAAACUCUUUGCCAAAAAAGGUGUUAUAGUCAGUGCAGGAACAUUCAAUUCAGCUAAAAUUCUACAAUUGUCUGGUAUAGGACCUAGAACAUUAUUAAAUUCUCUAGAUAUACCUGUAAAAAAGGAGUUGCCAGUUGGAAAAAAUUUACAAGAUCACAUUGGUACAGGACUAGAUUUAGUUUUAUUUAAUAAUUCUCAGUCAGUUGGAAUGUUUGACAUAAUGAAUCUUUGGAAUGUAUUCCAGUAUUUUUUUUAUGGUAAAGGGCCGUUGACUACACCAGGGUGUGAGGUUAUAGGGUUUGUUUCAACAAAAAAUGAGACGACACCGGAUUUACAGUUUAUGGUGUUGCCUGUUGGUAUAUCAACAGACAGGGGUAGUUAUUUAAGAAAGGCUUUAAGAAUCAAAGAUAGUGUCUGGGAAAAUUAUUUUAGCAAAAUUUUUGAUAAAUAUUCUGCUACGUUUUUAACUUUAUUAUUACAUCCUAAAAGUAAAGGUGAGGUAAGGAUACAAAGUAUUGAUCCAAAUAUACCUCCUCUUAUAAAUCCAAAAUAUUUAUCUCACAAAGAUGACAUCAGAACUAUAGCGCAGGGUGUUCUUAUAACAAGAAAACUUAUAGAAACCGAAUCCUUAAAAGCUAUGGGAGCUCAUAUAAACAACCUUCCGUUUCCUGGUUGCGAAAACUUUGAGAUGUUUUCAGAUUUAUACUUAGAAUGUUAUAUUAAACAUCUUACAUUAACAAGUUAUCAUCCAGUAGGAACAUGUACCAUGGGGCUACCAGACUCAAAUAAAUCUGUAGUAGAUACUUCUUUUAGAGUUAUAGGAAUAGAUAAUGUAUAUAUUGUGGAUGGCUCAGUGCUGCCAACUUUACCAAGCGGUAAUAUUAACGCGGUAAUUGCUAUGAUGGCUAAUAUAUUUUUUGAAAAUAACAUAAUCAAAUUGUAUAACACAAAUAGCAAUAAAUCGUGUGAUAAAAUUAUUUUAAGAGAAAUUGUUCAAAAAAUAUGUGUAAAGAAUUAA